AGCGGGUCGCAGGGCCUCGGCUUUUCCAACUCGGCGCGCUUUCACCGGCUCCUUCAACGAAAGGUACUAAGAAAAGAUGACGGGAAGUAGUAACAACGAGAUGGGCCAGACAGUGACCUCGGGAGUUCGAGGCGAUGGCGGGAAGCAUACGGUUCACUGGUUCCGUAAGGGACUCCGACUGCACGAUAAUCCCUCACUGAAGGAGGGUCUCGCAGGGGCGUCCACUUUCCGGUGUGUCUUUGUGCUGGACCCCUGGUUCGCCGGAAGCACCAACGUUGGCAUUAAUAAAUGGAGGUUUCUACUGCAAUGUUUGGAGGAUCUAGACUGUUCUCUGAGAAAACUGAAUUCUCGACUGUUUGUGAUCCGGGGACAACCGGCUGACGCGCUCCCUAAACUCUUCAAAGAAUGGGGCACGACAAAUUUGACUUUCGAGGAGGAUCCGGAGCCAUUCGGCCGAGUGCGAGAUCAUAAUAUUUCGGCCCUUUGUAAGGAGCUCAGUAUCUCGGUAGUCCAAAGGGUCUCGCAUACUCUCUACAGACUAGACGAAAUCAUAGAGAGAAACGGUGGAAAACCGCCGUUGACCUAUCAUCAAUUUCAAGAUGUCGUCGCCGGUAUGGACUCACCAGAACCGCCGGUACCGACGGUGACUGCUGCUUGCAUUGGCAGCGCCUAUACACCCCUAAAGGAUGACCAUGACGAUCAUUACGGAGUGCCCACCCUCGAGGAACUUGGCUUUGAUACGGAAAGUCUGCUGCCGCCGGUGUGGGUUGGUGGUGAGAGUGAGGCCCUGGCUAGGCUCGAACGUCACCUCGAGAGGAAGGCAUGGGUAGCGAGCUUCGGCAGACCGAAGAUGACACCGCAAUCCUUAUUGCCGAGUCAGACUGGGCUCUCACCUUAUCUGCGAUUCGGCUGUCUCAGUACGCGGUUGUUUUAUUAUCAGCUCACUGAUCUGUACAAGAAGAUAAAGAAAGCGGUACCGCCGCUGUCGUUGCACGGGCAGCUUCUCUGGCGUGAAUUCUUUUACUGUGCAGCGACGAAGAAUCCAAAUUUCGACAAAAUGCAGGGCAAUCCGAUUUGCGUGCAGAUACCGUGGGACAAAAACGUGGAGGCACUCGCAAAGUGGGCGAACGGUCAAACGGGAUUUCCGUGGAUUGAUGCAAUCAUGACGCAGUUACGGGAAGAGGGUUGGAUACAUCACCUGGCCAGACACGCGGUGGCUUGCUUCUUGACCAGGGGCGACCUUUGGAUCUCAUGGGAGGAAGGAAUGAAGGUGUUCGACGAGCUUCUCUUAGAUGCCGAUUGGUCCGUGAAUGCCGGUAUGUGGAUGUGGUUAUCGUGUAGUUCGUUUUUCCAACAAUUUUUCCACUGUUACUGCCCCGUACGAUUCGGCAGGAAAGCGGAUCCGAACGGCGACUACAUCAGACGCUACCUGCCGAUGUUGAAGAACUUCCCGACCAGGUACAUUCACGAGCCUUGGAACGCGCCGCUCAGUAUACAGCACGCUGCCAAAUGCAUCAUCGGCAAGGAGUACUCGUUGCCGAUGGUGAACCACAGCAAGAGCUCGCGCAUCAACAUCGAGCGGAUGAAACAGGUGUACCAGCAGCUGAAUAAGUAUCGCGGUAACGGAACCUCAUUUAAGGGAGAGAACAUUGGCUUGCUGAACGCAUUGCUGGCACCGCCAGCGAAGGACAGCGACGAGGAGAAGAGGAAGCAGGAUUCGCCGAAUCGGGAGAACGAGCAGAAAAUGGAGACCAUUAGCAGUCCCACGCAGCAGCAACAACAGCAGCAGCAACAGUAGCUACAGUCGGUAUAGCGAUCUGACUAAUCUGUUAACAUCAUAGUGCUGAUUAUUCUUUUUAUGGAUUUUAAAAGUGACUUGAAAAUUCCAUAUGAAUUGUACAUCUCUUACUAUAAUUAACUGCGAGAA